AUGGAUUUCGUCAAGAAGUUCGCCGGCGGCGAUAACAACAACGAGAACCAGCAACAGCAAGGAGGCAGCAGCGGCGAGCAGCAACAGAGCGGCGGUGGUGGAGGCUUCCUCAGCGGUCUCGGUGACAAGUUCAACAACGCCGCUGGUGGAGGUCAGGCCAGUGAGAAGAACGAGGACUACCUUGACAAGGGCGUCGACUACGUUCAAGAAAACUUCCUCGGUCAGGGCAAGCAAGACAACGAAUCAGCCAUGGAGCAGGCUAAGGACGAGCAGAUCUCGGACUUCAUUCGUGGACAGUACACAUCGAAGAUGGGUAGUGAUAUGCCCAUCAAGGACAAGCCAACCACCUUCGAUAAGUCUACUGAUUAG